AUGCCAGGUAGAGGAAACAAAAAAGCCAGAGGAUCAACAAGGGGCCGUCGUGGUGGUCGUGGUGGUCGUGGUGGAAGCCUGAGAGGAAGAAUAAUAAACCACAAUAGAGCUAGAGGUAAUAAAGGCAAAUCAUCACAUUCUGAAUACAAUUCGUCAGCGCAACACCAGUCUUUGUUUGAUCCAGACUCAUUAUGGAUGCCGAGUGGAGAGAUGGCACAGGCAGGACACAACUAUGGCAGGCGUGCUUAUGGGAAAUUUACCGAAGAAAUUGAGUACACAGCACAACAUCAAGAUAGAAUAAUGUCUCGUAAAUUUAGAGACAGGCCUAUGGUAUUUGUGAAAGCAAAAGAAAUGUAUAAUCCGAAUGAGCUUCUAUAUAAGCUAACACAGAAUAAACAGGAAGAUCCAUUUCGAACUGUUAUAGACGAAGAAUUCAAAAGCAUAUCUUUGGACUCUGACAAUGAAGAAGAGGAAUCAGUAAUAGAAUGGGCACACGAUAAGAAGGAUUCAGAUAUAGAAGACUCUGCUGAACAUAGCCAUUCACAGCACGUGAUUGAAGCCGUUGAAACAAUGCAGUCGACAGAUGAAAUCACACCAGAUGAGACAGUAGUUGUUGACGAGGAAGAAGAAGAAGAAGAAGAAUCAAUAAUAGAGUCAGUAACUGAUCAAACAAAUUCAGACAGUGGAGAUGUUGUUGAAGAAGACGAAAGCCAGAUUGGGCUGAAUAUCAACGGUUCGCAAAAUACUGGUGGUGUCAUUACAAACACUUCACUUAACGAGGGCAUUUCGAAGGAGAAAGUAUCCGACUAUUCGCCUAUAACCCAAUCAAAUACUGUACCUUCACAUACGGUUGAAAGAGAGCAAAUUAAGAGCGCAUCAAUACCAAGCAAUUCAGUUCGUAUUGCGCUGACACAUGUUGUAGAGGAACCAUUCGAGGAGGUUUCUGAGGAUGAGUUGGAAAUUUUUAUUGACGAUCCAAACUAUACUGAUGAGCAAAAUAUAAUGGAACAGAAUGACGUAACUGAAGACGAAGAGUCACAGACGGGACUGGAAACAGAAAAAGAGUAUGGAUUUUUGGCUGAAGACUACGAAUUCGAUGUGUCCAAGAUAUCGGUUACCAAUGUUCGUUUCGGCAUCAACAAUCAAUACUAUGUGAAAUGUCAUGAACUCACUGGUUUUGAAGAUGAUUUUUCUUGGAUAGAUGAGGAUGAGGUGAUUGAUUUUGCAUUAUCGAAUGGGGUAAAGGAACACCGAUUAUCCAAAUUCCUAUCUCACAUCACAUCUGGUAUGAUAGAUCAGGAUAAAGACAACGAUGAAGCCGAUGAUGAUGUCUAUAUCAGUAGUGGUAGUGAAGAAGGUGACGAUGAAGAGGAUGAAGAUGAAUUUGAUGAAGAUCAAGAUGAUUACCCUUACGAUUCAGAUGAUAAUUUGGAUGAUUUAAUACGUUAUUCGAAGUCAAAUACACAAGGACUAAUACCCAUGCAAGAUCGUGACUUCUCCAACAAUAUACCUGCUAAAAAGAGACGCAAUUUUGACAAUCUUGGUAUUGGUCAAGAUUUACAAGAUUCGUUAAUUGAACAAAUUAUAAACUAUCGUAAGAACAAGAAACAACAAAAACAACGCAACAAAGCUCAACAAACUGAAGAUGCAAUCUUGAGUCAUGAUUUAUUGAUUAAAUACCCUGAUUCACUAACCAUUUCUCAAAUUGGCCAUGAAUUUACUUCAUUUUUACAAGAUGAAUCACGUACAACGUUAAGUUUCCCUACUUUAGAUUCCCAUGGAAACAAGACAUUACAAAGUAUGGCUGCGGCUUACAAUAUGCAAACUGAUAAAUGUGGUCGUCAUAAUGUACGCCAUUAUAUCAAGGUUACCAAAACUAGGAAAACAUACAAGAAUAUACCCAAUUUCAAUCGGAUUAAUGCUAUUAUGCGAGGACGACCAGUUUUUCAUCGUAUGGAUGUUAAACGAGAAAAGAAAAGUAAGGAUAGUAAAUUGAAACGUGGUGGUGGUGGAAAUGAGCCUAGAGCUAAGUUUAAAGAAGGUGAUGUUGUUGGUGCUGAAGCACCUGAAAUCGAUCAACUGAAUUUAGGUAGAAUUAUGUUGGAGAAGUUAGGAUGGAGUCGAGGACAAGGAUUGGGUAGAGGUAAUUCAGGUAUUAAUGAACCCAUUGUUGCUAAAGUAAAGAUGUCCAAGACCGGUAUUCGAUAG